GUAAUCCGGGCCCAGGAAUAGAGCCACAGCAGAGACGCUCCACGGCCACCAUGUGUCCAUGGGUAAUCCACUCUUAAGUAACUCCGGGCUUGGGAUGGAGUGAGGGAGCUCAGCCGGGGGGAGCAGCACCAGUCAGUGUCCUGUCGUCCCUCGGACACACCGCCGCCGGAGCAAGGAGAGGGAUUCGGUCUCCAGCUCGCGAGAGAGAGAGGGAGCUUCCUCUGUCAGGAUGAACUUUGCCGCCCAGUUAUUCUACUCGAGCUACCUGAGCGAGCGGCUGGAGCGUUUGUUCUCACCGAGACCUGCGAUUAAAGACAGCGAGGAGAAUGACCCCUUCUGGGAGAGAGAGGAACUGCGUCUGGGCCCCAGUCAGCCGGGCGGCUCCUACAAAGCCGUCUGUAACGGCACCUCGGGCCGCCGGCCUACUCUGAUCGAACCAGAGCGUCUCAAGGACUUUGGCGAGGAGGAACUUCUCAAUGGAGACGUCAGGUUUCACGAAGUCAAAGCGGUUGCACCUCCUGAAAUAAAGCUAAUGGAUCCCCCGAAAAUCAGAAGAGUGAGUGAGUUCAGGAUCGUCCCCAGGCCUCCAGUUCAGUACCUCCGCUUUGAGGACAUCAGCGCCGCAGCCUUCACCAUCCAGUCAGUGAUACAGAAGACACCUUGUACGUAUUCCAGGCUGUCCAAACAGUACGGGAUGGAGAUCUACCUGAAGAAGGAGCACCUGCACUACACAUGCUCCGUGAAGGAGAGAGGAGCGCUGUACCUGCUCACCUCCCUCACACAGGAGCAGCAGAGGAAGGGUGUGAUUGUGGCCACCGACUGUAACUUUUCCAUGGCUGUGGCUCACCACGCCGUAGAGAUGAAGAUCCCGGUGUUCGCCAUCAUGCCGUCGAGCUGCUCCUCUCCCCGUCUGCGGACCUACAGGGACUAUGGCGCCAUGGUCAUCUCCUACGGCGGCACCGGCCACGACUCCCGGAACCACGCCCGCCAUCUGGCCAAAGAGAACGGAUACCUCUACCUGGAGGAAGAUGAAAGUGAAGCCUACCUAGCAGGACUGGGAACUGUGGGCAUGGAGAUCUUUGAGCAGGUGCCCAAAGUGGAUGCAGUGAUCGUUCCUGCGGCAGGACAGUAUGGACUCCUGGCCAGCACCGCUGCAGCCGUCAAACACCUCAACUCUCAGAUUCUCGUUAUAGGAAUUGAACCAGAGGGUUUCCCGUUGCUGUUACAAUCUCUGAAAACAGACGGCCCAGUCAAAAACAUGCAGAGCUACCCAAAUAAGAAACUGUAUGGAGAUUUUACCGAGCGAUCGCUUGGAGCAAACACCUUCCAUCUGGCCAAGAAACUGAUAGACAAAGUUAUACCUGUCAGUGAGGAAGACUCUCUGGUGGCGAUGCUGCGAUUUCAGGAGGUGGAGCACUCCACAGUGGACCCCGUGGGAGCCAUGGGACUGGCUGCCAUAUUGGCAGGGCAACUACCAGAACUAAGAGGGAAAAAGGUGGUUGUCGUGGUGAGUAGCGCUAACAUGGAGCCGGACCUGGUGAGGCAGUGUGUGGACCGAGCCUUGGUGCUGGACGACCGGGUCAGUAAGUUCUCCCUGCAGCUGGGAGAAUGGCCAGGAGACAUGGCCAAACUGCUGGACGUGCUGUCCAGAGAGGACGUCAGACUACUGGAUGUGUGCCAUCGCAGACACAGUGACAAGUCAGAUGUCUUCAAAGCAAAGGUGGAGUGCGUGGUGGAGACCAGGGAUAAGACACAAAGCGCUCAGCUGCGCAAGACGCUGAACGAGCGCUACCCUUCGAUAUGCUGGCUGGACCGGUGAUCAGAACAACUCUACGCGUUCCAACCCUGAGACAAGCUGGGGAACCUGGAUCGGUUUCCCAACACAUCCCAACCAACCUCAGGAAAUGCUUGCACACAGAGAGGCUGAGAGAUUAUAGAACAAUUAUCAACCUAAGUUACUUCUGCUACUGUUGUUCCGUGAAGAGUGGCCUGGAUGUAGCUCUUAUAAGACUUAAACACUCUGAAUUAGCUGCAGGUUGGACGGCGUGGCUGUACAAAUGCAACACAUAAAAUAAAUAUUAUCAAAGUAUAUAUAUAUAUAUAUAUUUCUAAAAUGCUGUACAUACCUCUAUAUUUAUACACCCCACGGUGUAGAAGUGUCCAAGAGGGAAUGAUCUCAUAAUAAAAGCAAAAAAACUGU